AUGGACCUCUCACUAAUUCCGGCCAACCCUCUGGCCCUUUGUUUUCUCUUAGCAUUAUUUAUUUUCUUCCUCACCACCACAAAAACGCGGAGGAGCUCUGGCGGCAGCGGCCGAGGCUCACUUCCGCCGGGUCCACCAAGACUGCCAUUGGUCGGAAACAUAUUCGAGCUCGGAUUUAAUCCUCACCGUUCAUUUGCUGCCUUCUCGAAAACAUACGGACCUAUAAUGAGUUUGAAGCUUGGAAAGUUAACCGCAGUGGUUAUAUCUUCACCAGAAACAGCAAAAGAAGCACUUAAAACACACGAUCAUGCCUUGUCCGCUCGAACCUUUAACGAUCCAGUUAGAGCCUUUGAUCACCACAAACAUUCCAUUGUCUGGAUUCCUCCGUCCGCUCAUUGGAGGUUCCUGAGGAAAACAAUAGCCAACAAAUUGUUAUCGCCGCAAAACCAAGAUGCUAUUCAAUCUUUAAGGCUUAGAAAGGUGGAGGAACUUGUGAGCUUAGUAAACCAAUUUUGCGAGAGAGGAGAAGCUAUUGACAUGGCUCGUGCUCCCUUCGUCACAGCUUUCAAUAUAAUCUCAAAUUCUCUGUUUUCUGUCGAUUUGGCUGCAUAUGACUCUAACUCGUCGUCUUAUGAAUUCCAUGACACGGUAGUUCACCUGAUGGAGAUCUCCGGGAAACCCAACGCAGGAGACUACUUCCCGUUUCUGAGGUUUCUUGAUUUGCAAGGUAGCCGAAAAGAAGUGGCGCUCUGCAUGGAGAGAUUAUUUAGGGUUUUCCAGGAAUUUAUUGAUGCACGAAUGGCCAAAAGAUUGUAUCAGAAAGAGACAGAGCCUAAAGAGGCUUCGAGUAUCGAUAUAUUAGAUUCUCUCCUGGAUCUUACACAACAAAACGAAACAGAGUUCACCAUGAAUGAUAUCAAACACUUGCUUCUCGAUUUGUUUCUUGCGGGCACAGAUACAAACUCUAGUACAAUGGAGUGGGCAAUGACAGAGUUAAUUCGUAACCCGGAGAAGAUGGUGAAAGCUCAGAGUGAGAUACGGCAAGUGAUAGGUGAGAACGGUGUCGUUCGGGAAUCUGAUAUCCCGAAGCUGCCUUACCUACAAGCAAUUGUGAAAGAGACUCUUCGUUUGCAUCCUGCAGCUCCUUUGAUCCCUCGAAAAUCAGAAUCCGACGUCCAAAUCCUCGGCUUCCUCGUCCCUGAGAACGCCCAGGUUUACGUGAACGUGUGGGCGAUAGGACGAGAUUCGAGCGUGUGGGAGAAUCCAAUGAAGUUCGAACCAGAGAGGUUCUUGUUACGAGAAAUUGAUGUAAAAGGCAAAGACUUCGAGCUGAUACCGUUUGGGUCGGGACGAAGGAUGUGUCCGGGAAUGUCGAUGGCUCUUAAGACAAUGUCUAUGGUGCUUGCCUCUCUUCUCUAUUCCUUUGAUUGGAAACUUCAAAAUGGUGCCGUUCCAGAAAACAUGGACAUGAGUGAGGUGUUUGGUCUUACCUUACACAAGGCCAAACCUCUCCGUGCCGUACCCAUUAAGAAACCUACAUUAAUAUCGUCUUAG